AUGGCAAACUAUGAUGCAUAUCUACUUGUCAUGGUUCUGUCACCUCUCAUCGUAACAGUCACGAUACUAGUAGUCAGCUACGUUGUGUGGGGAGUCAGCUAUCUUCAGUACAAGAGGCAAAAGAGGAGAGUGAGAGAGAACCGAGGAGAACACGAGCUGAUUGAGUACCCAGGUCUCCAGUAUAUGUACCUGGUCCUCCAGCCGGUGCUCGGAAAGGGACUGGAGGCGAGGAAGACUAGACACGAGGUGAAGAUGAAGCUGCACGGGGAGAAGAUAAGCCCGGGAGCAGUUCCCCUGCUAGUCCAGUCCCUGGCCGUGGCAGUGGGGCUCUCCCUCGCUGUGUUUGUGACUGCUCUCACGGUGGAAGACGGUGGGCACGUGUGCAGCGAGAGGUUGGACUGCUUCCCCUUCAAUUACUCGCGUCAGGUCACGCCACUCACGAGGGAGCCUAUAAGAAACUGUUCGGCAUACGGGAGCGGCGACCUCUCCAUCAGGUGUUUCAGUUUCUCUGUGAGGUUUGUGGAGGCUCUAGGGAGCAGUGGAGGUGUCCUGGUGCUCGCCACACUAGGUCUCAACCUCUACCUGGCUCUCCUGUUCUCACUGGCUAAACUCGGUUGCUGCCGCAGGACCGGACUGUGCGGAGUGUCCCUUCUGUUGGUGUUUGGGUGCCUCGUCCUGAUCAGCACUCUGCUCUGGAUCAUCCCACUGGGACUGGUCCAGACACGCACACUGCAGUACGUCACCAACUGGGAGAGCGUUCUUGUCUACCUAUACACGUUUGUGUACCUCGGGAUCACCAACACUCUGCUGCUUUACUGCGUCCCGAGCUACCGACGGGAUUUCCAGAGGUGCUGCUCGGGGGAAGGUCAGCGAGGGUACCUCCCUCCACCGAGCAUGGAGACAGACGAAGAAGAAGAGGAAGAUGAGGAGAGAGGUGGUAGGGGAGGUAGGGGUGGUCGACGGAGAAGACGGAGGUCAAAUGUGUUUCAAACCAUCUCAGAUCGCAGUGGGAGCCAGGGACGGCGGGCAGGGUACUACGGAUCAGUCGACAAGCACCGACCUCAUAUGCCAUCCGAUGAAAAUCACACCCCGCCAUCUCCGGUGGUGGGUUCACAGAUGAGGAAAUCCGGAAGUCCCGAACCGAAAUCUUGCACUAGCAAAAACAGUGGGGGGAUUGGAGGAGGUGCGACGGCAGGCAAUGAUUCUGGCAGCAGAGGUAAAGUGCCUUAUCGGAUCAGGAGUGUCCGUGGGAAAUAUACACUCAGGCACACGAGGAAACCAAGUAAGAAGAGAGGGGGGAGUGGGGGAGAAGGCAGGUGGAGGAAACACUGGGCAGAUAUGGACGACGGAAGGAGAGGAGAGAGGGGGAGGGAGGACACGACAGACAGUGAGUGUAGCACAACCAGUGCAGUGCUGGAGGAAGGGGAUGGGGAGGGGGAGGUAGGGAGUGGCGGUAUUGACACAGAUAUGAGCUCAGAGGACAGUGGAGAGACAAGACCUAUAAGGGGAGGUGGUGGGAGGGUGGGAGGUGAGAGAGUGGGGCAGUCGGGGACAGCCAAGAUCAGAGCUGCACUGGCAGGAGACGUGGUGGAGAAUGGUGGGAGGAAAGGAUCAGCGUCUGUCCACACACACUUUUAA